AUGUCCUCUCAUGGCGGUCGACGAUCAGGAAGCGGUCGGAAGAAAAUAUUUAACAGCAAAGCAACGAAGCUUCAGACUUGGCAGAAAACCCACAAAAGAGUUUGGUUAGAUGGAACAAUUUACUCGUCUUGGGUUUCUGCGAGGAUCAAGUGCGGAUACUCGUCAGAUUCUAUGUUUGCUGCCCAUCUUCUAUCGCUCGAGAGAAGAAGAAGGUAAAGACCAAUAAAUUCUGUUGAAUCUGUCAUUUGCCAGUGUUCUUUGGAUUAACAUGUGAUCUUAAUGUAUGUUUUUGGUUUGUAACCCAGAGAAACUUCAUCUACCGUAUGCAGAAAAAGAACGGCAUCGUCAACUUCUGUCUCGAACCCCACUUCCUACAAACGACGCCAUAUUGAAGGUGAGACAUGAUUUGAGAUUGAAUGUUUUUGCAUUAUACGUACUGUUCCGUAAGAUCAAAUGGAAAAAAACUUGUUAUAAUCAUCUUUAUUCCCGGAAUCUACACUAUUUAUAAUUGAAACAUUUGCCUCUUUUAUAAAGGGCCUAUGUUGUCUUCCACUCCUGUGCAAGCUUCAUCUACACCAGCAGAUGCAGAGAAUAUUAACAUGUCUGUUGUCAGUGCAGGUGUAGAUAAUUUAAGGUGAGUGAUUAUAGCAGUACGUUUUGUAAACAUAGCAGUUUUAUGAUUGCAGAGUGGAUUUAGAUUGUUUUUUUAUACAACUGGUACAUGUAAGAAACUAAGAAUUACAGGUGUACAUGUAUGUAGUGGCUGGGUAGCAUAAUUUGAGAUCAGUUGUAAGAAAUUGUGCCUUUUUGGUUAAAAGUUGUUUAUUUUUUCUCCUCUUUAGUGACAUGAGUGUGGAUAUUGCAGGGGUAACUGCGUCAGAGCUGUCUGUUAAUAAUGUUGACUACCAAGUUCUCAAUGACUCAGUCAUAACGAUACCUGAUGCAGACAAGUACCAGGAUGCAAGUGAGUCCAUCCACACUGACUCUUCAGACAGCGAAAGUGACAGUACAGAAAUAAAUCCACAGUAUGUAUUGUUUCAUUCUGGUUAUUCAUAUCAUUCGUUUAAUAUAGAAAUAUUCAUAUUCUUUAUUAUUUUUGUUUGUUAUAUUAAUAUUGGUACGAUUUAUGUGCAACCCCUUGCAUUGUGUCCCCCAUUAGCUUAUAGCUAAAAACAUAGACACUUAAAUAAAGUUUUCAUUCAUGCAUUCAUGUUUUGACUCUUUUUAUAUUAACUAUUUGUGUGCAAAUGGUAUGAAAUCAUCAUUGCCGCAUGUGUAAUAAAUAUAUGGGGUUGUAUGGAAAUCUUACCGUUUAUUUUACCCGAGACCCUGACUUUCUUAUUUUAUGUUAAAAUUUGUCCCAUUUACAACAAGGAACCCCAUGUCUUUCAUGCAGACAUAAACCGAUCAGAGGUCGAGGACAGUUUCCAGCUGGCUUCUGAUUGGAUUAAAUUUGCAUGUAAAAUUUGUGAAUAAAUCAAAAGUGGUCACACUUUUGGGCUCCUUGAUGUAACCACCAAUACAGGAAAGGGCAUUAUACCAACUGUCAAAAUAAUGCAAGUAUAAUGUAAAAAUUAUUAGUAAACUAAAUACAUGUGUUGGUUGAACCUUUACUCUUGAAACUUGCCUGCAACGAACAUGCCAAACAAAACCAAUAAUAGUAGUGGUCUGUCUCUUUUGAAAGGGUGAUGUAUGGUGUACAAAAGGCCUUGCAGGAUCUUGAUGAAGAUUCCCUCAUUUUGGGGUACUUUUCUGUUUAUGAAAGGUGGACUUGUACACUAGUAAUAACAUUUACAUGAUUGUAUGUUGCAAUAUACAGUGUAAUAAUUAUUAUUAAAUUUAAUAUGUUAUUAUCUUUAUUGUGGUGAGUGUGUAUAAAACACAUAACAUACUUAUUACUAAAAUACAUAAGUACACUGGCCACAUUGUGAUGGCGGGUUAAAACUUGAUAAGAUCUUCAUAUGGUAUAAGAUGUGACAUUUGAGUCAAAAAAUAUUUUUAUACUAUCUGACAUAGGUCUGACAUAGAGGAAGAUGAUGAAGAGAUGAGUGAUGAAGAUGAUUAUAGUGAGUUAAGAAAUGAAAAGCCUGUGUAUGGCACAGUGCCACCUGCAUUGCCCACACCUCCUGCUUCCAACCUGUCUACCUUGCCUGUAUCUACUGUACCCAUGACCACUGUGCCUGUGACUACUGUGCCUGCAAGUACCGUGCCUGCGACCACUGUGCCUGUGAACACUGUGCCUGGGACAACUGUGCUUGUGAGUACUGUGCCUGCUACUACUAUGCCUGCGACUACCGUGCCAGUGCAAUACCGCAAGCUUGGCAGGCUAGAAGAACAGGCCCACCUGGAGGAAGAAAUAUCACUGGUUAAGGAAACCAAAGUGAUUUGUUCGUUAGAUAUUCUCCUGGAAUUAUUCAAAUACUGCCGCUAUCCAGGCUGUGCAAAUGAAGCAAGUUUCAAACAUCACACAAUAGGCCCAACUUUGAUUGUCAACUGGAAUUGCCCAUCUGGUCACCAAGGGAGAUUUUCAUCAUCUAAAGAUGUCAAUGCUAUGUAUGCUAACAAUCUUCAAGUAGCUGCUGCAAUCCUGCUAUCAGGGAACAGUUUUUUCAAAAUUGAAAAAAUGGCAAGAUUUAUGGGUCUGUCCUUGUUUUCAGAUGCCACAUUCUUCAGGAUGCAGCGAUUAUACCUAAUACCUGUUGUAAAUGAGUGGUGGUCAUGGCAGAGAGAGCAAAUUCUCAAAGAAUUUUUUGAUAAAGAAGUUAUUGUCUGUGGCGAUGGCCAAUGUGACUCGCCUGGCCAUACAGCUAAAAAUUUAUGCUAUUUUCUUAUGGAGUUGGUCAGUGGUUACAUCCUGGAAGUUGAAGUGAAUGACAAACGCCAUGUAAAUUUGGUAUCAGUGAACAUGGAAAAGAAUGCCCUGCGUAGUGCCCUUCAGCGACUGAGAGGAAUAUUGAAUGUAGUUGAAAUUGUUACUGAUGCCUCUUCAACAAUAAAAAAGUUGAUUGGUAAGAUACUGCAAGCAAUAAUUAAACAGGUGUAUCAAUAUUGCUUUACUGAUACACUUGAAUUUUGUUCAUUAUUUUAGUCUUUUUUACUCUGUACUCAUGCAUAAAAAAAGAAAGAAAAGCGCAUGAACUUGUUGCCUUAUACUUAAUGGUAUAACUUGCGUUGCCUCCAACAUUGACUACUGGUAAUUUCCAUUUUAACCAGAAAUGAACAAAUUUUUUGUUUGGUUUUUCUUGUAGCUGAUGAGUUUCAAGGAGUAUUCCACAGUUUGGAUGUUUGGCAUAAGUCAAAGAGUAUAAGGAAGUGCCUGGCAAAGGUAAUAUCAUUCCCCACAAAAACAGUACUUCAUAUGACUCACUUGUCAGAUCUUCUAAAAUCAGAAGAACAGGAUUUUACUGUAGCUUCUAAAACAAAUAUAAGUAGAAAUUAUUGAUGGUUAGCAAAACAGUUAACUCUAUGAUAGUUUAACAAAAAAGGAAACAAAAGCUAGGAAAGAAUACUUAUUACUUGCUGUGGACUUAAUCCAUUUAGGUUGGGAAAUUGAAAGACAUGGACAAGAUAAAGGCAUGGGCAGAUGACAUAAUCCUACACUUUUGGCACUGUGCAAGCACUUGUAGACCUACUGCAUCAACCAGUGAUGACGAAGCAGUUGAAAUCAUGAAGGUCUGUACAUGUAGUAUUUCCUAUCUAAAUGUAUACACCUAUUUCAAUGAUGGUUGCUCCCAUGGAUCAUGCAUCAUUCUUAUCUGAAGCAACCUUAAUUGAAAUAGGUGUAUACAUAAACAUUUUGCCCAUUCACACCUGUUGAUAUGUACUUAUUACAUGCACUUACAGUAAAUUGUUAAUCAUUAAGAUUUUGGAGAAUCUCAAACAUGAAGGUUCUGUUUUUUAUUAGAAUACAUGGAUUGGACUUUUACAUCAUGUGUGUGACGAACAUGACUGGGUUGGAGGCAGAUGUGCCCAUGAUGAGUUAGAAGACCAUACACUCCCAUGGUUUGACCGCAGGGAUAAAGACUUUGAAGCACUUCAAAAGAUUAUUCUGGAACCUCAACUCCUUGCAAGUUUCAAAUCGUAUGUCAGAUUCAGGUAAACUGAAGUGAAAUGGACAGUGUUUGAUGUAGAAUCCAGUAAUGUCAGUGAUGUAUUAGGAAAGUAAUGUUGAUUCGUCCAAUACAAGAUGGAGUCUUCUUAUCAAUGUUACUGACAAAGAAAUUGAUAAAAAUACGGUGAAUGUUCAGUUGACAUAAGAAACUCGGAUGAAGACCACUGGUUUUGUUAUGUGAAACUUGGAAAUAUUGUUGACCCAAGUUGACAAGAAAAUAGGAAAUAACCAUCUGCAAAAGUCAUUUUUAAUCAAAUUAUCUGGUUAUCAGCUACAUUUGCAUGUUGCUUUGGAUUUAUUUUUUUGGAGAAAUUAAUGAUGAAUUUAAUGGACCUUAUUGUUUAUUUGCUCUAGGCAUACAGGAAGUAUUGAGUGUGCAAACAAUCUUACCCUGGCAUAUGCAUCAAAAAGAUGUUCAUACAGGUUUGUUACACUUAUGAUGCAAACUUCUUUCUAAAUAAAUGAUGCCAUUCUACAUUCAAUAAUUCUUUUGGCACAUUCAUUCAAUUUGCAGUGAUAAGCACAUUCCUGUUGGUUCAAACAUUUGGGACAUUAAUGACAAUAUCAUCCUGUACCGAUGAAAAUACAGGAUAUUUCGGAGACAAUUUAGUGAUGUUAUAGAAUGUUAAAAAAAACAAACAAGCAAGGAAAAACAAAUAAUGUAAAUGCACAGUUCUGCUCAUGAAACAUGUUAAUUUUGACUGCUUAUGCAUUGCCCAUAAUAUACUAAACCUAUCAAAGUAAUAAUAUGUUGUAAUUUCAAAGACUGACGGAACAAUGCUGUGUUAUUGUUUUAGUUACAAAGUUUACAAGGCCCGGAAACAACUUGCAGCCAUAGACUGGAAUUUUCAUUUGAACCAAGAGCCGGCAACGACAAAGACAGGGGAACAAAUAGUUACCAGAAAAUACAACCAGCGUACAAAGGAAUGGGAUGCUAAAAUUGUGAAAGUCAAGAAGAAUUACGAGUACAUCCCUGUCAUGAUGGCAAAGAUCCUUCAUCUUAGAAAAGACGAUGUUGACAUUGUCACUAGACAAGUGUCUUUGAACGAGAGUGACCCUGCAUUGUUGGCUCCCACUAUUGCAGACAAACCCGCACCACCCUCAAAGGAACUAUUUAUUGCCCGCAGGAGCAGGUUUAAGACCUCUAGCACUGCAGACCAGUCAGAGGAAUCUUCAAAUGUUAUCUCAAGUGAAUAA